AUGGUUCGCGACUACUCCAGCGACGAGAGUGAUGCCCCUCUCGCUCGCAAGCCCAAAGCCAAUGGCAAGCGCAACGGUGCUGCCUCGAGCGACGAGGACGAGCGCCCCCUAAGCAAGAAGCCUCGUGUUUCCAGCACUGCUGCCAAGAAGCGUCGUAUUGUGGAGAGUGACGACGAGAGCGACGCCGGCCCGUCAUCACCACCUGCAAAGGCUACCAACGGACACGCGGCCUCGGACUCGGAAGACGACAAGCCCCUCGCCAAGGUGGCCCGCAAGCCCGCCUCCAAGGGCAGCGCUAAGCCUGCUUCGAAGGGCAAGCCUGUGUCCAAGGGCAAGGCGGCCCCAAAGCCCAAGGUCGAAAGCGAGUCGGACGAGUUGGACGAGUUGAGCGAGAGCGAGGACGAGAAGCCGCUGGCAAAGAGCCGCAAGGCUCCGGCCAAGAAGGCUGCGCCCCGCAACUCGAACGCGUCGGCCAAGAAGGUCAAGCCUGAGCCCGAGAGCAGUGAUGACGAGAAGCCUCUGGCCAAGAAGAAGAAGACCGCUCCUGUCAAGACUGACAAGAAGCCCGCUGUGAAAAGGGAGAAGAAGGAGGCUAGCAAUGAUGAUGACGACACCUUCAAGUGGUGGGAAGGCGGUGACGGUGCCGGCGACGAUUCCGUCAAGUGGACCUCCUUUGAGCACAGCGGUGUUCUCUUCCCGCCUCCAUACGUUCGUCUUCCCUCCAACGUCAAGAUGAAGUAUGACGGCGUGGCCCUCACUCUGCCGCCAGAGUCGGAGGAGGUGGCUGGCUUCUUUGGUGCCAUGAUCGAGACCGACCACGCAAAGGACGAGACCUUCCGUGCCAACUUCUUCCGCGACUUCAAGGCCGUCCUCGAGGAGCACCCUCCCAAGGAAAAGGUCAAGGUCACUUCGCUCGAGAAGUGCGACUUCCGCCCCAUGUUUGAGCACUUUGAGGGCGAGCGCGAGAAGAAGAAGACCAUGACCAAGGAGGAGAAGAAGGACUUGAAGGAGGCCAAGGACAAGCUCGAGGCUCCCUACCUGUUCGCCAUGGUCGACGGCCGCAAGGAGAAGACCGGCAACUUCCGUGCUGAGCCUCCCUCGCUGUUCCGUGGCCGUGGUGAGCACCCUCGAAAGGGUACCCUCAAGUACCGCUUGCGCCCCGAGGACAUUGUCAUCAACAUUGGCAAGGAUGCCCCCAUUCCUGUUUCCAAUGUCCCCGGCAAGUGGAAGGGUGUCCAGCACGACAACACCGUUACCUGGCUCGCACACUGGAAGGAGAACGUCAACGGCCAGUCCAAAUACGUUUUCCUUGCCGCUUCAUCGACUUGGAAGGGCCAGAGUGACCGCGCCAAGUUUGAAAAGGCACGCGAGCUUAUCAAGCACGUCGACAAGAUUCGUGCCGACUACAACCAGGACCUCAAGUCCAAGGUUAUGGCCGAACGUCAGCGUGCCACUGCCCUGUACUUUAUCGACAAGCUGGCUCUUCGUGCCGGUAACGAAAAGGGUGAAGACGAGGCCGACACAGUCGGCUGUUGUUCGCUGCGUUACGAGCAUGUCACCCUGAUACCCCCCAACAUUGUUCGUCUCGACUUUUUGGGUAAGGACUCGAUGCGCUUCGAACAAGAAGUCGAAGUCGAGCCCCAGGUGUUCAAGAACAUCAAGCUGUUCAAGGCCGAGCCCAAGGGCAAGGGCGAUGACCUUUUCGACCGCCUCACCACCUCGACGUUGAACAAGUACCUCAACGAGCAGAUGAAGGGCCUUACUGCCAAGGUGUUCCGUACCUACAACGCCUCGUGGACGUUCCAGCAGCAGCUCAAGAACACUCCCAGGAACGGUACCGUCGCCGAGAAGAUUGCCGCCUACAACACUGCGAACCGUCAAGUUGCCAUUCUGUGUAACCAUCAGAAGACUGUGAGCAAGGGCUUUGCCGAAUCCUUUGCCAAGUUUGGCGACAAGGUCCGUGCAGUCAAGUAUCAGCGCAUGAAGGCACGUCUCCAGCUUUUGGCCUUGAACCCCAAGCUCAAGAAGAAGCACCCCGAGUACGCCGAGGACGAGUCGGACAUGGACGACGAGUUCUUUGAGCGCCACGAGGAGGAGCUGCGCGAAAAGGCGCUCGAAGCCGCCAAGAAGAAGUUUGAAAAGGAGAACCUCAAGCUCAAGGAGGAAAAGGAGAAGCCCCAACCCGAAAGCGAAUUGAAGGAGCGUCUGGCCGAGAUCAAGGCCGAGUUCAAGACUUUGGCCAAGGAGAGGAAGACCCGCAAGGUUGAGCCCAAGAAGAACAUGACUGAGGAGAAGCUGCGCGACCAGAUUGACAAGUUUGACGCCCGUAUCGCGACCCUCAAGGUCCAGAUGGAUGACAAAGACAAACUCAAGGACGUAGCCCUCAGCACAUCCAAGAUCAACUACAUCGACCCUCGGUUGACAGCUGCCUGGUGCAAGAAGCACGAUGUGCCUCUUGAGAAGAUGUUCACCAAGACUCUUCGCGAGAAGUUCCCGUGGGCUGAGGCCGAGGCCGACGCAGACUGGAUCUUCUAA